AUGAGCCAAGUGGAUUGCAGGACCCUGUGCUUCAGCAUAUUCUACUACAAGACACAAAAGUACCUCCUCACCACUGACAUCAGGGUGGGACUCCUUUACCGGCUGACACAGUUAGGCAUUCUGUUGUACCUGCUCUGGUGGGUGUUCCUGGAACAGAAAAGCUACCAGACGAUAGACAAUUCAAUUGAGAGCUCCGUCAUUAGCAAGAUCAAAGGCACCUCCUACAGAAACAGUUCAGAUUCUGGGAAUAAUUUCUGGGAUUCAACUGACUUCGUCCUUCCCUCCCUGGGAGAAAAUGUUUUCUUCAUUAUCACCAACCUGAUUAUGACUCCAAACCAGCGGCAAACUACCUGUGCUGAGAGCCCCAAAAACCCAAAUGCUCAGUGCUCCCAGGACAGCGACUGCCCUAAAGGAAAAUCUGUUAUUCGAGGGAAUGGAGUGAUGACUGGCAACUGUUUGAUAGCGGGAGGCGAUGGCAGUGGCACAUGUGAGAUCUUUGCCUGGUGCCCAUUGGAGAACUCACCCCAUUCCAAGAAAAUAGUUUUGGAAAAUGCUGAAAACUUUACGAUCUACGUCAAGAAUCACAUCCGCUUCUCCAAAUUCAACAUUUCCAAGACCAAUUUACGAGAAGCCCAAAGCAAAUCCUAUCUGAAAUCCUGCCGCUUUGGUCCGGACAGUAUGGACUGCCCUAUCUUCCGAGUGGGUAAUCUGGUCAACUAUUCUGGGAAUAAUUUCCAGGCAAUGGCCAAGGACGGUGGGGUGAUAGAGAUCCAGAUGCAUUGGGACUGUAAUCUGGAUUUUACCACGGUCUGCAAGCUCCAUUACUCCUUCCACCGACUGGACAAUUCAAACAGCGUUUCCGGUGGAUACAACUUCAGAUUUGCUAGGUAUUAUCAAGAUGCCAAUGGGGUAGAGUUGCGCAAGCUGAUGAAGGUCUAUGGGAUCCGAUUUGACGUGCUGGUGAGUGGCAGGGCUGGAAAGUUCAGUAUCAUUCCUGUGGUCAUCAACGUGGGCACAAGUUUAGCCUUGUUGAGCGCCGCGACUUUUAUCUGUGACUUAGUGCUCCUUUACCUGGUCAAAAAAAGGCGCAUAUACCGAGAUAAAAAGUACGAGGAAAUAGUUUCCCACAAGAAACUACCCGUCUAA